GCCUGGUGGCACGCAGUGGCUUCUCGCACAGCAAACCAUCGUGAUUGCUGGCUAGUUUUGCAAGUUUCGCAUUCGCACCGCAACUGCAGCGUUGCCUUUUGCAUAUAGAGCACUGCUACCCGUGUGCCAGCAGCGUGCCACCCGUGCCAAUGCUGCGCUACCUCGUCGCCGCGGCGCUGCUCUGCGCGUGCCAGGCCUUCGCACCAGCACCAACACCGCGCAAACGACAGCUACGAAAGCCAGCGAUGCUGCCGGACCCGACGCUGUCGCUGGCCCUCGGCACGGACGCCGACGUGGCCACGUUAUUCAACAUCGUGACCUUCGUGCCCCAGGCGACGUGCUGGAUCCCUAUGAUAUUAAGUGGAUGCGGCGUCGCGAAGCCCGUGGCGAAUGCUAUCAUGCGGCCGUGGGGCCCGACGAUUUUGUUUUCGCUCUGCCACGUGGCCAUCGUCGUCAUCAGCGCGACGCAGCCCUCGGGCGUCGCGCCCAUCGCAGAGUUCAACGAGGUUUUUAAUCCCGCGGGCUUCCCGUUCAGCACGGCGCCGCAGGCGGCGAUGCAGGGCAUGAUGCAAUACGUAAACUUCGUGAGCGAGGAGUGGCCGCACGUGUUGAUUUGGGACCUGUUCGUCGGGCGGUACAUCUGGCUCGACGGCGAGCGGCGGGGCGUCUUCACGCCGCACUCGGUGCUCCUCACGAACCUCAUCGGGCCGCCGGGCCUCAUGCUCCACUUCCUCACGUGCGUUUUGACGGGGAAGGGCCUCCCGCCGACGGAAGAGGAGGUCGCCUAAGCUAGUUGUGUUUU